AUGAACAACGUGGCCGUGUCGAGGGACGUCCCACACGUGUCGUGGCUAAGGCCUGAAGCGAUGCUCGGUAUCUUCGCCCUCACGCCAUCCCUCCCGGUCCCGCUCCCGGCGCUACACAGCCGCAACAUCCAAGCAGGCCAGUUCGCGCCAGGCGAGCCCGUGCCGAUGUACCAGUUCGCGCAAGGGCAAGGCGAGCCCGUGCCGAUGUACCAGUUCGCGCAAGGGCAAGGCGAGCCCGUGCCGGUGUAUCAAUACUCGUCCGGCAUGGCGGCCCAGCCGUACGCGAACCAGCACUGGGCAGAGGUUCCGCCCGGCACGGUUGCGCCGCAAGGAGCGCCGGCAGGCUACUUUUACGACGGCGCCCCAUCGGCUGAGCCCCUCCGAUACGACUCCACUGUCCUGCCGACUGCCGCGAGGCGCUGUCGCCACUGCAAGAGCGAGCUGCGACGCCGACUGUGGUGCGACCAGUCGAGCACGCCUCCGCUGCGCGGCUGCUGCCUCUGUCCUUCUGCUGUGACGGAAGUGGAGGGACCGUGCACCCACUCGUAA